UCAUGUGAUUAUGUGCACAGAAAAUAGUUACGUAGUACUCAGGCACAUGCGGAAAAAGGAGGAUGGCGAUAGACAUCCGAAAAAAUAAAGACGCCCUUCUUAAGGCAUACAACGAUGUUGUGGAUGAAAAGACGCCAACAGAUUGGAUGGUCAUGGGGUAUGAAGGACAGACUGCCAUCCUCAAGCUUGUUGGAACUGGAGGUGGAGGAAUUGAAGAAAUGACGGAGGAUCUCAAUAGUUCUAAGAUUAUGUAUGCCUAUUGCAAAGUUUUGGACCCUAACACCAACCUCCCAAAAUAUGUCUUGAUUAACUGGCAAGGAGAAGCAGCUCCUGAAUCCAUGAAAUUCAAGUGUACAAGUCAUCUACGAGAUGUGGCUGCAUUUGUUAGAGGAGUCCACGUGACUGUGAAUGCCAGGACAGAAGAAGACGUAGAUCCUGAUGAUAUUGUUAAGAAAGUGGCUAAAGCAUCGGGGGCAAACUACAGCAUACACCAGGAGAAACCAAAAGCUCCACCCCAGAAACCAACUAAAAAUAUCAAAAAAGAGGAUUCCCCUGGUCCUGUGGGCUCAGUCUAUCAGAGAACAAUAGCAGCUAAGGAUAUCAACAGUAAAGCAAGGGACAAGUUCUGGGCAGAGACUGAGAAAGAGGAACAGCGACGUAUCGAGGAGGAAAAACAGAGACGUGUGAAGGAACAACAGGAACUAGAGAAAGAAAGGAAAGAAAGAGAGGCCCGUGAAGCCCAGGAAAGAGACAAAAUCGUGAAUGAAAAGAUGAAAGCUGCCCGAGAACAGAAGGUCCGAGAAAGAAGGGCGAGUGAAAUUGAGCGUGAGGAACAAAAGAAGAGAUGGAGUGGGGAAACCAGUGAACAACAACAACAGGAAGCCUUCAAGGAGGAAGAGGAAAGAGGUCGCCGCAGUGAGGCCAUCAGAAAGGAGAGAGCCGCGGAAGCUGCCCGAUUGACCAGUAGUAGUACAGCCAAUGCCAGAGCAUUAUUCAAAAGACGAGAAUCCGAGACUGAGGAUAACCAAGUGUCUAGAGCUCCUCCACCCCCAAGAAAAAUCCAGCAUGGUUUCCUUAACAACCAGCAGCAGGAGGAAGAACCAGUGCAGAGAAAACAACCAAUCCAGCUACCCCAAAAUCCACCCAAACCAGAGCGCAGUUUUGCAGAACCAGAACCAAGUGGGCCUUCCUUCUCCUCUCCCCCUCGAGAACCUUCUCCUCCUCCCAGGGAACCCUCCCCACCCCCAAGGGAGCCAUCACCACCCCCCAGGACACCAUCACCUCAGUUGCCAAAGGUUCAGAGGAGUGAACCAGAACCUCAGCUUCCUCGAGCCAGGAACCUCCUGGCACAGGGACUUCCUCCAAGACAGGAUUCGGACGAGGAGAAUAACAACGAAGAUGAAUGGGGAGAAGGAACCUAUUCUAAUUAUAAUGCUGAAGAACCACAUAUCCCAGCUGUGGUGUCCCACCCCCCUCCAGAUGAGGAUCAGUACCCUCCAGAAAUGUCCCCUACUCAGAAUGGGCAUGACCAGUAUUACGACGACCAAGAACAACAGCAGCAGUACCAGGGAGAACAGAACACCUCUGGAAUCCUGCCAGAACAUGGACUGUGUGCCCGGGCACUGUAUGACUAUCAAGCAGCGGAUGAAUCUGAAAUUACCUUUGAUCCAGACCAAAUCAUCACAAACAUUGAACAAAUCGAUGAGGGAUGGUGGACAGGGAUGGGACCAGACGGAAGCCAUGGGAUGUUUCCUGCUAAUUACGUGGAAUUAAUUAAUGGAUGAAUGUGCCUUGCCACUUUUAAUGAAGACUGCUGAUCUAAGUGAUGAAUAAAAGUUUAUAUCCACUGACAUAGACAGUUCAAAAUCCAUGUAGAAGAUAUCAUGAUUUGAGUAUUUAGGAAAUAUUGUAAUUGAUAUGUUCAAGUAAUUUUAUCGUUGGCAAUUGUUAUUGAUAAGGGAAAAGGAAUGGUAUAUACAUGUAAGAGCUUAGCUUUUCUAUAAGAUUGGUGGAAUUAAUCAAUUUUAUGCAAUGUAAACAAGCACGCCCAGCUUUUAUUUAUACAGUGAUCCCUCAAGGACGAAGUAUUCUAUUCCUCUUACAUAUCACAUACAUGUACGUGUACUUUAUAGUUGGUGCAUGUUUAAUGUUUAUUAUUUACACUAAAAAAUCAUUCAAUGAUUCAUGAAUUGGAAAUAUACAUUGUACAUGUUUGUGCAUGUUUGGUUAGUUAAAAGCAAUGAAUAUUUACAUGUAUAAACAUAUUUCCUUCAUUUUGAGAUAUUUAAUCAACACACUUGCUAUAAUUAAUCUUACAAAAGCUAGUCUUAAUUGUCUCUGUUGAAAAUCCAUAAUAACUCUUAGAUAGUUUUAUUUGUAGAUUGUGAUAUAAGAGUUUUUGUAAACAUUCUGCAGUAUUUUGUGUGUAAGUGCUAUAAACUGACUGUAUAUGCUUUAUUUUUUUAAUGAUAAGUGUAAAAGGAAUGUGAAGUGUUUUCUGCAUUUUGAUAAACUGGUUGAAAAAAUUUAAAAUUCGUUGCAAAGAAACACCAUUUAGUUAACAGGUAUACAUAAGCAAUCUUUUUUUUUAUAUACUCUGUAUAUAUAAAAUCAGAUAAUUUUUAGCUGUUCUUAUUUUGUAUAUGUAUGAUGCAAGUAUAUACACACUACAAAAUCUCAUCAAUUGUAAUUCCCAGAAUAUCCAUUUUGCAUACAUAUUAAUCAUACGUAUCCAAGAGUACAUGAACAUGUAUGAACUGUGUAUACAUUGGGUAAUAUAUUUCUCAGCUCAGCUGAUUUGCAGACUGAGAAGCUUAUUUUGUACAGGUGUGUUUUUCGUUAAGUUAUCCACUGGUAUAAUAAUACAUUUUUAUUUUUUUUUUCUAAAUGUAUACAGUUUGAGAUGCAUUUUUAAGUAUUCACAGCUAUACAGUUUAGGUAGGACAGAGUAACAUUUGCAUCAGAGCAUUGGGAUGCAUGUUUUGUACCUGAAAAAUUGACAUCAUAUCGGUAUGCAUACUUAGUGGCGGAUAAAAGUGUUUUAUAUAACUUCUACAUCUAUACACAUUUGUUUACUAACAAAGUAUGAUAUUAGCUAGAAAAAAAAAUGAACAUAAGAAUGAUAUAAGCAACUGAUAUCUAGCUGUCACCUGAUUUUUAACUGAAACAAUCCUGUGUACUGGAUGUGAAUAUAUAAUAAAUUAUUUGAUAAAAUUA